AAUUUAGCCAUUUGUAUUUGCGUUUGGCUGACAUAGUGCAAUAUAGACAUACAUACAGAUAUAUGUAUGUACACUGCAAACAAUCAUGAUCGAUAUAUUAUCAUUGCCUCGGCGGAACAAUGUGACCAGCCAAAUGAUGACCAAGCAGCCCAGCUAUAAGACUGGGCUGCCCAUUAACAGUUUACCCGGUUGGGAGUUAAUACCGCUCAAUUGUAAAUUGCCUAUGCUCAAGUGUCCUGGUAAUCAGGUGAUAUUCUCAAAGGAUAAAAUCGGAAACUCGUUCAAAUGUAGCAUGCAGGAAUUCGAUUCAUCGGUAACGGUUCAUAUACCCGAAUAUAAUCCGUUGCACGAUUCAAAUCUGAAGACCUUCUACUCAAACGAGCGUAAUUUGAAACGAUUACGCGAGAAUGGCGAGAUAACCGAUAACAAUGAAGUGAUUUGCAAUCUAAAGGACUUCAAUCAAUAUCGUGAGGAACUUCAUAAGUCACAGCUCUACUAUGUGCUGCAAGCGUACAGGCAAAGAGAGGCGGAAAGACAUGAUCGUAUGUUGAUUGCCAAUGCGGAAGGAAUCUCGCGGAGGGAUAACUUACAAACAGGUGUACGUCAUCAGAGUCAGGAAGAAGUAAUGGCUAGGAAACAACAACUUGAAGAGGAGAAACAUGAAAGAAAAGUGAGAAUCUAUAAUAUAACAGAGGAGAAAUUCAAAAGAAUGGAGAGCAUGUUAGCUAUGCAGCAGAUGCUGCUCGAGCAUCGCAAAAUGUUAACCAAUAUGCGAGUCCAGGCCCACAUCAGUCUGCAUCAGGAUUUGCAGCGUAAGCAUCUGAUCAAGCUAAAGAAACUGUUCCAGUUCAAGAAGGAUCGGUACAACAAGAAUAUGCGUAAUUUGCACAAGCAGCGUCUGACUAAACACACUGAGGGCCAAAUACAAUCGUGGCAUAAACGCCUGCACGAACGUAUUGCCAAUCAGCGAAGGAUCGAUCAGUUGCUUAAUGAAGUUAAAAAGGAACGCGAAUUAUUCAUUGAGUCGCACAAGGAGAAAUAUCGUGAGAAGUGGAGACGGAUUCAGGAGCAAAUCAAGCAGCGUUCCCACAACAUCAAGGAGGAGAAGAAGUCCAAAGGACGCAAGAAGAAGAGGAAGAGCAAGAGGAAGAGUAAGGCCGUUGAUAGUACGAAGAAGGCGACGCCUUCAUUCUGUGAUGAGUAUCAAGCAAGCUUUGAAGGUCUCCUCGAUAGCGAGCUAUGCUACGCAUUGAAUGCAGCUAUUGCUAUGGGUGGACAUGCUCCGUUGACCUUCGAUACCGAUGAUCCCAUCUACAAGGCAGCACAGUACAUCCUCAAUCAUAUAUUGCUCGGCUUCGAUAAGGAUUUGAGCGAGGAUCCGUGUGCCAUGUAUGUACUAUCCGAUCGCAUUGCGAACUUCUUAUGCGAUGCCAAGAAAUACGUAAACUAUAAAGCUAUUCAGAUCAUUGGCUUUGCCCAUGAUAACAAGGCCAUGGAGCUACCAUCAACACCAACACACAAAUCUGGCAUGUCCGGGAAGAAUCAUGCACGUACCUCGCAUGUCUCGUUCAAUGGGAUUGCUUGCACCAUUGGCGUGGGCAGCUAUGAGAUACAUCCAUUUGUGGACGUGCGUCCUUGCGGGGAUCGUCGGCCAACGCCGGCGGGCUCGUUGACCUCGUUGGUCGUCAGCCAAAUCGGUGACCAGGUCAUACAGGAGAAGGUGCGCCUGCCGCACCUGAACCGCAAGGAGAUCAUCUUCAUUGAGCACUACUUGGUCAAGUUCAAACGGGAGCUGCUCGUCGGACUUGAUAAGCAGGUAUUUGCUGCCAUUCAGUGCCACUAUGAGAAUCGCAUAAUGGAGGUGCGCGAAGAGCUGCUCGAGCUGGACAAGGACUUCUUGAACAAUCAAAUAUCUUUGGGAAUACUCAGCUACGCGGUGAAUCCACUUAAUUAUGAGACGGCUCUAAUGCUGGCAGUCAAUGUGAUUGCGAAUCAAGUCAUUUGGGGCCUUCAGCAAACGCUGCUAAAGCCGGGCGCCGAGCCUUCGAUCAUGCCCCAUCCGAUCAGCUGUGGCACCGAACGCGAACGAGAACAGCGUGCCCUCUGCACUAACUAGUUAAUCACUCUGCCCUUCUUCCUCUCAUUUAAUCACUACAAACAGAAUCCACAGGUCUACGGACACUCUAGUUCUGUGUGCACAUAAAUUUUAUGUAGAAAAUAUAUAUAUGUUGUGACUUAC